GCGAGGCAGGUGGAUGUUGAUAUAGCAUAAAAAUCGAGUUUGAUACACAUCCAGAGGGUUACCGGAAAAAGGUUUGUAGUGCGGCAUUAAGCAAAAUUUGGUUCUUCAGAUCAGCGCUUGAAUUCGGACACGAUACACGCGUUACUAUGAGUGGUCACCGAUAGACUCUGUCUCUCUUUUUCUUCAUAGUCAAUGCCUGCAGCACACACCAUUACAGUCGAUUCAUUAGCACCUGAUCAAUAUGGCAUCGACAUUGCUGUUAAAGUCGUAAAUGCUAUUGUUUCAGUCGAGCUUAAUGAUGGCGCCAAAACUGUUCGAGUAUAUGAACACCUGGUAGGUGAUGCUACUGGUUGCAUCAUUUUGAAAUCGCAACAAGAUUUGGCAGGCGUAAUACGGAUUACAGGGGGCUAUACGCAAGUAGUUGAUGGUUAUCUUCGACUUGUCGCAGCAGAAGGGGACAAAAGUAUCGAAUCUAUUCCAGACAAUAGUGUUUCUGUGCUUACACAGAAUAAUCUAUCAUUGACUAAAUUAGUACGCAGGGUGUGAGUGGUUACUAAUAUAACGUGUACAGUAGUAGCUUUUCCACUUUACUUUGUCUCCUUCGCCUAUACCACCGACCACUCCCAUCCCUUUUCUUCUAUCUUUUUUCUCUGCUACUAAUUUCUGUAUAUCAGCUCACAAAUGCACCUGCAUAUGUUUAUGACGAUGAAGGAUUAAAACUCUUUGCUUGUUUUGUGAGAGAAAAUCUGCAUGAUGGUUUUCACAAUACAAUCAUUAUUAUUA